UUUUGAAACGUGCAGAGGCAGACAUAGUCGCUGGGGGAUCGCCCCUAUCUCUCGCCCACCGUGAGGUACAGUCGGUCUGAAAAAAUUGGUACAAGCAGGUUCAAGUGAUCGAAAACAUUAUUUCUCUUUCCAAUUACAUCUCGCGAUCGGCAAGAAGCUCACGAUCGAUCAAGGCAACACAGUGGUCACGCCUGACAAUGGAAUUUUGACAACCGAAGUUCCAAUCAAGAGAGUUCAACCGAUAACUUACUUCAAAGGUUUCGAUACGGGCACCCUUUACUACACCGGUAAGAUAACCGAUGUCAAGACCCCUGUAUACGAGUUCGGCUGGGAAGCAGAGUUCGAUGUUUGCGAGGAUCUCGACGACGGUACUUGGGAAGACGCAACGGGGCAAAUAAUACGGAAAACAUGGUUCCCUGAUGGUGCUUGUCCAGUCAAAGCGGGUAACUAUACGAUAUCAAAUCCAACUGGGCCAAUAGAAGUGAAUCUACGAGAGAAAGUGGUGCAGUCAAUCUAUGCCAUAGAAGUGCAGGUUGGGCAUUCAGCAUCCGAGAUUGUUUUUUCGACGAUGUUCGCUUUUACAACGUAGUUUGAGCUACGGAUUGAAAUAAAUGAAAUAAAAAUAAACUCACCAAAUAUUUCAGUUUAUUCAGUUUUUAUUUUUUCCAAAUUUCUUAUUUUUCUUUCCUUUUGAAGCUUUUUUUGAAAAUUUUAAAAACAUUUCUUCGUAUUUCCCUUUCUUAGGUAAUAUACGAAAUUGCAGGAAUGAAAAAGUAAAAUAAUUUCCGCAGUUUUACCCCGUUUUGCUCUGAUCUACCCUAUUUAUCGUUGCCUCGAAGUUGUUUCAUUGCACGCGUCCAACUAUCUGAACAAUGGAACAUCGAUAUUUUGGAAGCAGAGUUUGACUUAGAAUGACAGGAUUCAGUGACGCACUUGAAAAAUUCAUGUGGAUUUUCACCGUCCAUUACGCAAAUUAUAUAGAAGCGAGGAGCAAUGCUUGCCAUUUUACUUUACGCAAUUUCGCGAGUGUCUCCACAAUUGGGCUCAAUAGUAAUUGGAACCGUUUUGCCUUCGAAUUACGUCGUUUAUGCCAUUUCCAAUGAGAUUAACUUCCACAAGGUUGUCACCUUUUGUCAGGAAAAGGAUAAUUAUGAAUUUUUUCAAACUUACGAUACCUCGCGGUGGGGCAUCGAGCGCGAGUUGCAGGGACACAAAAAUUGUAACAUCACGCUUUCUUGGGGUUCUAUCGGCAUGUUCCCUCCGCCACCUUUUUCAUCUCCUGCUUCAGCCUUCAAAACGUUUAUACUUCACCAGUUACCACUCCGCUCUUUUCUAUUCUACGAUAUCCCUGUACGAGGGCUGGUGAAAAUGAAACGAUACAAAAAAGCUCGUAUCGACCGUAAUUAGCUUUUGAAAUACUGUUAUCGGUCGCCUUUCAGUCACCAACUAUAUUCUAUAACCAAUAAAACAGUUACGGACGUUUAAAUGCUUAUCGUUAUGGACGUUCCUAAAUGUGGACAAUUGGAUGCGUACGAUAGUUAAUGCAAAUUAUGAUAGUUAUAAGUUUAUCUUUUUACGUUUUCAUAUAGCUACAGCUGUAUAUAAAGAGACCCGUCGUAUUCCGAAUUUUGGUGGUGUUCUCAGCGCCUUUAGUUUUUCUGAACUUGCAUUCACACUCAAAAGAAACUCUAUCAGCAGGAUGGGUUUUUUCCCGAUAAUUUUUUUUGUCGUUGUGUGCGGAGUAGUCAGCCCCACGGUGCUGGCCGUGUACAUCGGUAGUAAUUAUGGCGCGUUUGUUGCACUCGACAUUCAACAAGUCGGUACGGAAAUCUCCGAAAAUCAGAAUGAUCUGAGAGCUAGAACACCACUUUCGAACGGUGACUCGUAUGAGUGGCUCCAGGAUAUCGAUUAUGGCAUGAUAGAUUUUCAGGGCGAGCUCAGAUACUGGUAUUUCGACGAUCAGGAGUACCAGAUCGACCGACAGUAUAUACAGAACCAAUUUGACCUUUGCAAGCGUACGGAUUAUCAAUUUUUCGAACUGGGUCGUAGGCUGCUCCGCACCUCAUGGGUACCCAACGAAUCUUGUCCUAUCGCGAAGGGCACCUACCCUGUGAAAGAAUCGUACCACCUCAAAGCGGAAAUACCGGAGAGGAUCAUUAAUUCUUUGUACUGGAACUUCACUCUUUACUUGAACGAUUGGAACGGCAAUAGAAUAUUGAAGACGGAGUAUAAAGUUCACGCGGUUUACUAGUUUCCAGGGAAAAUAAGGUUGGGAUGAGUACAUUGAUGGUUCCUCAUUUCUCGAUGGUUUAUCGCAUAGAGUUCCAAAAAAAUUCUACAAAAAACGGUUAUGAGCUCAACUGAAGAUAAUUUCAACACAACAAUUCAGACAAAAUUUUACAAAUCAGGAAAUAACAUUGUAUUUAAGAAAAUUACAAAUCUUUCAUUAUUUUGUAAAGUGUUAAAAAAAAAUUCAAAUUAAAUGUGGGAACAAUUUAAAUACAGCGCCCAAAAUAUUGCGAAUAUAAGAAAGCGAAAAAUCUUGCUUGAAGACAUUUUGAAAAUCGAUGCCCUAGUUCUCUAAUCAUAUAUUUUAACAACGAAAUAAAUUUAAGAAAAUUUUCGUUCAAGUGACACGCAGCAUGUACGGCGACCAUUUAAGAUUCUCAUUUUUCUCAGCGAACAAAAUCUAUUAGGUACGAAAACAAGUCCGUACUAUUGCUGAGAACAUGAAACUGAUGAUGAGUCGCAUUUCAAUGAAUUUCCGAGUGAACUGAGCCGUAAAAUUGUGUUUUUUUUUAAGAUCGCGUACACAAUUGUAUACGGUUGAAAUUAUCGUCAAAACCUGAAUAGGACACGAGCGUUCCCUAGAAUGCGAUGAAAAAUGAUUUUCUUGUGAAUUAUCAUUCCAUGAAAUUAACACAUGAAUUAAUUUCUUUAUUGAUUUUUAUUUAAAUAAGCAAUUUAAAUGAAAAGUGAUGGGCUGGACACGUACUUUUAACACACGUAUUUAAACAGAAUUUGCACCUUUGCACAUUAAACAAAUUACUGCACUUACAGACUGCUCGGGAGCCUGCAGGCUCCCUCGAUCACGUUGGUUUUCUAAGAUAAACGUUUGAAUGUUUUUCUUUUUUUUUUUUAUUCCGGGGUAACUAUAGAAGUGCAGGUUUGGCAUUCAGAAUCCGAGAUUGUUUUCUUGACAACAUUCGCUUUCGUGACCUAGUUUGAGCUGCGAAUUUAAAUAUAUGAAAUAAAAAGAAAUGCACCAAA